AUGAUAGGAGACGACUACUCGUGGGUCGCUUCGGCUCUUUACUUUGGCUGGCUCGUCGGUGCCUAUCCCUCCAAUCUAGCUCUGCAGCGUUUCGCCGUCGGCAAGUUUGUCGGGUCCAUCAUGUUCGUCUGGGGCAUUCUCUGCAUGCUCCAAGCCACCGUAUUCAACUUCUCCGGGUUCUUCGCCAUUCGCUUCUUCCUGGGUCUAGUCGAGGCUUGCGUCUCCCCGGCUUGGGUGUUAUUGACCUCCAUGCUGUGGACGCGCAGUGAGCAGCCACUGCGCACCUCAUUCUGGAUUUCCGUGAAUGGCGUCUCGAAUAUUCUGGGUGCACUGCUUUCUUGGGGAUUGGGACAUGCUGACCAGGCGGAUAUUGCGAACUGGAAGCUCAUUUUCUUGGUAGUCGGCGCCCUGACGUUCAUAUGGGCUGCCGUCAUCUUUCUAUACCUCCCAGACGGGCCACACAAUGCAAGAAUCCUAACCGACUAUGAACGCAUCGUCGCCGUCUGGAGAAUCUCGAAGAAUAGAACCGGCGUGCAACACCCCCGGUUCCUGAUGUACCAGGUCAAAGAAGCGCUUCUGGAUCCUAAAACAUACCUCAUGCUGCUGAUGGGCAUCUCCUACGGGAUACUCAACGGCAGUGUCACGAACUUCAUGAGCGCUCUGAUCAAGGGUUUCGGGUUCUCCCCCAUCCGCUCGACUCUGUUGCAGAUGCCCGGCGGUGCGGUGGAAGUUGUGAGCUGUAUUAUCUUGGGGUACAUAUCUACCUUUAAGAAUAUGACUGGCGUGACGAUGAUUUGUACGUUGAACUUGUGA